AUGAUACAAGAUGCAGAAGAUAAAGGAUUAUUAACUCCAGGAGUGUCAACAAUUAUCGAACCAACAUCUGGCAAUACAGGAAUAGGACUAGCAAUGGCAAGUGCAGUUCGUGGCUACCGUUGCAUUAUUGUGCUUCCCGAAAAGAAUUCAGAUGAGAAAGUGAACACUUUAACUGCACUUGGUGCUGAAAUCGUCAGAACAAGAACUGAAGCAAAGUUCAAUGAACCUGAUUCAUUAGUUGCAGUUGCACAGAGAUUGCAAAAAGAAAUUCCCAACUCUGUCAUUUUAAAUCAGUAUACAAAUUCUGGCAAUCCAUUGGCACAUUACGAUGGAACUGGAGCUGAAAUUCUUUACCAACUUGACAAUAAAGUUGACAUGGUUGUGUUGGGUGCUGGAACUGGUGGAACUGUAACUGGAGUUGGAAGACAAAUCAAAGAAGUUUGUCCUGAUUGCAAGAUCGUUGCUGUUGAUCCUGAAGGAUCGAUCUUAGCACGUCCUGAAUCAUUGAACAAUUCUGAUGUCGUUGUUUAUGAUGUUGAAGGAAUUGGAUAUGAUUUCAUUCCCACAGUUCUUGAUCAUUCUGUUGUUGACCAAUGGGUGAAAUCAAACGAUGCAAUGGCACUUCCAAUAUCACGAAGGUUAAUUCGUGAAGAAGGUUUUCUAUGUGGUGGAUCAUCAGGUGCCGCAAUGUCUGUUGCUUUAAAAGUCGCUCAAGAGCUACGAGAAGAUCAAACAUGCGUCGUUAUUUGUCCCGAUAACAUUCGUAACUAUAUGACAAAAUUCGUUGUUGAUCAAUGGAUGGAAGCAAGAAACUUGAAAGAAUCGUUGAACAUUCAUUUUCAUUCAUGGUGGGAUCGCAAAGUUUCAGAUAUGAUUGCUGAAAUUAAGGAACAUCAACUGAUUUUACCAACAACAUCAACAUGCCAAGAAGUGAUACAAAACAUGAAGAACAAAAAUGUCGAACAAAUACCAAUUGUUAAUGAAAAAGGGGAUCUUGAAGGUAUUGCAACAGUCAACUUUCUAAUGAACAAAAUGUUGGAUACAUCGUUAAACAACACCGAUCAAAUUCAAAAAGCUUUAUUUAAAAAGUUUGUAAAAGUGAAUUGCGAAACUAAUGUUGGAAGACUUUCAAGAAUUUUAGAAAAAGAACCUUUCGUCGUUGUUGCUUGCUGUGAGAAUAAUGAUGAACAAGAAGAGAAUCAAAAUAAUUCGAUGGGAAAAAAAUCUUUUGCGAUUGUGACACAGAAGGACAUGUUCAACUAUCUGUCCAGUGUUUGAGAAUGAAAUACUAAAUUAAAGUUAAAAUUUUUAAAAUAGAAUCCAACAAAAAUUAUUUUUUGUAAUGAUAAAUCAUUCAAAUAUGAAAUAAAAAUUAUCGUCAUGAAAAGCAGUA